ACGAGCACGUAGCUACGCUGACAGAUGGUGAGGGCGCAUGUCCGCAGAAUAUUCUCAGUAUGUGCCUUUAGCAGGAUUAGCAUGAAGCAGAGAGGCUGGAUUCAGGAUCUGCCGAAUGGGAUGAUUUGAUGAAACAAGGCUGUGUAUAAGAAACGGUGAAAUGCCACUGACUCCCCUCGUUUACUGGGCUCAGCGCCACGAGGAAAUCUACCUGCGUGUGGAGCUGACAGACGCUCGGAAUACCUAUGUCCAUGUCGAUGAAAAAGUGCUUCAGUUCAGAGCUCAGGGCCACGGUGCAAAAGGACAAAAUGAAUAUGAGUUCAGCUUGGAGUUUCAUUUACCAAUAAAGCCAGAGGUGAGCCACAGGUCCACCCAGCGACAGGUGAAUAUUACAGUGCAAAAAGAGCAGCGAGGCUGGUGGGAAAGACUGACAGUGCAGGAGCGCAAACCAGUCUUUCUGGCACCUGACUUUGACCGCUGGCUGGACGAGUCAGACGCUGAGAUGGAGAUCCGGGAAAAGGAGGAGAAGAGGAACAGGCUGAAGGCUUCCAGACAUAAAGAGGAGGGGUUUGUCAGCCUAAAAACAGCAUUCUUGUUCAUGUACAACCUUGUGCAGUUUCUUGGCUUUUCAUGGAUCUUUGUCAACAUGACAGUGCGACUCUUUAUCUUUGGCCGAGAUUCUCUCUAUGACACAUUUCACACCAUAUCGGAUGUAAUGUUCUUCUGCCAGAUCCUUGCAGCAGUAGAGGUCUUGAACGCAGCUUUUGGAGUAGUCCGGACAGGUGUUAUUCCAACUCUAAUACAGGUGGUCGGGCGGAACUUUAUCCUCUUCAUCAUUUUUGGUAGUUUGGAGGAAAUGCACAAUCAGCCAGUGGUGUUCUUUGUUUUCUAUCUGUGGAGCGCUAUUGAGAUCUUUAGGUAUCCAUUUUACAUGCUGGGCUGUUUCAACACAGAGUGGAAAACUCUGACAUGGCUGCGCUACACCAUCUGGAUUCCACUGUACCCCUUAGGUGUCAUAGCUGAAGCUGUUGCUGUGGUACAAGCCAUUCCUAUCUUUGAUGAGACUAAACUCCUCAGGAUUCCUCUUCCAAAAGCCAUCGGGACCUCAGUUAGCUUCUCGUACUUCCUCUACGUUUAUCUUGUUCUCAUGUUUCUGGGGCUCUUUAUCAACUUCCGCCAUCUCUACAAACAGAGGAAGAAGCGUUUCCGUACCAAGAGAAAAGCACAUUGAGAUUCAGCCUCAACGACAUUUCUCAAACACCUUUGCUGCCUGCUUAUUCCUGGAGAAAUUUUUGAAACUGUCCUCAUUCACCACGUUCCCAUUCAGUCAGUUCGAGUUUUUGUUAAGAAAUGGACGAAAAUCUAAAUUAUGGUGUAAUGUUUCAUCAGUGCAGUACUGUCAGCUGACAUGUGAUUGAGUUCUCGUAGAUGUAAGUCAGUAGUUUUGUUGAGGAGUGAGGACCUUUAGAAAGCCUAUCCAGAUCCUGUGUUGUAGUUGUUCUUAUCCUGGAAGUUGUUUUGGCUGUUUGGAUUACAAACUGUGCUGUUGUCGUUUGAUAGUCAGUAAUUUGUGUACGAAUGAAAAAAAUGACAACUUUCUUUACACCUAUUGUAUUUCAUUGUUCCACAAACCUCAAGGAAAUUUGUACUGGACAUUAUGUGUUCCCUAAGCUCUAAAAAAAAUGUUGGAAGAAUUUAA